AUCACCUACCUAUCCACCUAGUCGCGUCUUGGGACAAACCCAACGAUGCCAGGCCCAAGUCGCACAUUUGGCCUCACGUCCAAUGGAGGCGGUGGCGCUCGUGGUCGGGGUACUUUUCGAAAGAGGGGGAGCGGGCGAGGGGGCGGCGCCUCCAGCUCCUUCCAGCGAAAGUCGGAAGCGCAUGCAGCUGCUUCGGCAUCCCUCACCAAGGGCGCCUUUGACGGUGUGUCGGCGGCUGAGGACAGGCUCAAAGAAGCAGCCGCCCGCGACGAGAUAGACGCUCGGCUCGGCUUCGAACGGCUGGAUCAGGGACCAUCACGCGAGGCCUGGCUGGUUAAUAUGCAUCCGACGAUUGUGCCAGACGACAGCCUCGAAGGCCCCACCCACGCCUCUGGCAAGAACGCCGUGGAUUUCUACUUUAUCCAGGACGAUGCCAGCAUGUUCAAAGUCACUGUUCCCUAUGCUCCCUACUUUUUGGUGGGAUGUCGACCAAACACCGAGUCACAUGUCGAGGAGUGGAUCAAGCGCAAGUUUGAAGGCCUUGUUUCGAGCUUGGAACGUCUUCGGAAAGAAGACCUCAAGCUUCCCAAUCACCUCGUCGGUCACAACCGGCUAUUCAUCAAGCUCAGCUUUCACAACGUACAGGACCUCUUGUCAGUCCGGAGAGAGCUGCUGCCCCUGGCAGAGAAGGCACAGAAGACGCGAGACGCCAUCGACACUUACGCCGACGUCUUGGCGGACGAAGGGAGCGCAUCGGCGGCCCUCAUGAUGGAAAUGGAGGGCAUCGAGGCCGACGAACAGAGCAGUACUGACGCCAGAGCAAAGGCAAGAAGAGGUGCUGGAGCGGGGCAAAGGACACUGGAUCCUGAGGAAUGCAUCACCGAUCUGCGAGAGUACGACGUUCCCUACUACCUACGCAUGGCCAUCGACAACGACAUCCGAGUGGGUCUGUGGUACACCGUGAGCUUCAACGAGGGCGUAGUCUCGCUCGAGGGCGUACCCUCGCGCGUCAAGCGUGCCGAACCUACCGUUCUCGCCUUCGACAUCGAGACAACCAAGCAGCCGCUCAAGUUUCCCGACGCCGAAUCUGACUCGAUUAUGAUGAUCUCGUACAUGAUCGAUGGACAGGGUUUCCUCAUCACCAAUCGUGAGAUCAUCUCAGAGGACAUCGACGACUUCGAGUACUCGCCAAAGGAUGAAUACGAGGGCCAAUUCGUCAUCUUCAACGAGGCAGACGAGCUUGGUGUCCUCCGACGCUUCUUCUCCCACAUUCAAGAUACUCGUCCCACUGUUGUCGCAACCUACAACGGUGAUUCCUUCGACUUUCCAUUUGUGGAAGCGAGGGCAAAUUACCACGGCCUCAACAUGCUCAACGAGAUUGGCUUCUCAAAGGACAAUGAUGGAGAAUACAAGAGUCGUACGACGGCGCAUAUGGACUGCUUCCGUUGGGUGAAGCGAGACUCCUACCUGCCUCAAGGUAGCCAGGGUCUCAAGGCCGUCACCGUCGCCAAGCUCGGCUACGAUCCCAUGGAACUGGACCCGGAACUCAUGACGCCCUACGCUACGGACCAGCCCCAGACGCUUGCUCAAUACUCGGUCUCCGAUGCCGUAGCGACCUACUACCUUUACAUGAAGUACGUGCAUCCUUUCAUCUUCAGUCUUUGCAACAUCAUCCCCCUCAAUCCCGACGAGGUGCUACGAAAGGGGAGCGGGACACUGUGCGAGACGCUGCUCAUGGUCCAGGCGUACAAGGGCAACAUCGUCAUGCCCAACCGACACACAGACCCGAUCGGCAACACUUACGAGGGUCAUCUUCUCGAAUCGGAGACAUACGUCGGUGGCCACGUAGAGGCGCUCGAGGCAGGCGUCUUUCGAAGUGAUAUCGCAACCGACUUUAAAGUUGAUCCUGCAGCAUUUCAGCAGCUCAUCGACGACCUAGACAAGGCGUUGCGCUUCAGCAUCGUCGAAGAAAGCAAAAUGAGGGUUGAAGACGUGACCAAUUAUGACGAAGUCAAAACGGAGAUCCAAGGGAUGCUUGAGGCGCUGCGAGACUGCCCGACGAUGCAAGUUGAGCCUCUCAUCUACCACCUCGACGUCGCAGCGAUGUACCCCAACAUCAUGCUUUCCAAUCGGCUCCAGCCCGAUGCAGUCGUCAACGAGGCUACCUGCGCAACGUGCGAUUAUAACCGGCCAGGGAUGAAAUGUGACAAGAAGAUGGAGUGGGCCUGGCGUGGAGAAUAUUUCCCUGCGAAAAGGGACGAGGUCAACAUGAUUCGUCACGCAUUGACGAACGAGAGCUUUCCUGCGACCCACCCCAAUGGACCACGUCGCAGCUACCACGAUCUAGGUCGUAGCGAGCAGAAUGCGCUACUUCACAAGCGCCUGGGCGACUACAGCCGAAAGGUGUACAAGAAGACGCAUGAGACAAAGACGGUGACUCGCGAAACGACCAUCUGCCAGCGUGAGAACCCGUUCUACAUCAACACGGUGCGUGACUUUCGAGAUCGUCGGUACGAGUACAAAGGGCUGCACAAGACUUGGAAGAAGAACCUGGACAAGGCCAAUGCCGGCUCCAAUGACGGGACAGCCUCGUUGGCCGAUGUCGUCGAGGCGAAGAAGAUGAUCAUCCUCUACGACUCCCUCCAGCUGGCCCACAAGUGUAUUCUCAAUUCCUUCUACGGCUAUGUCAUGCGAAAAGGAGCACGCUGGUACUCGAUGGAAAUGGCGGGUAUCACCUGCUUGACAGGCGCCUCGAUCAUCCAGAUGGCGAAGGAGCUCGUCGACCGAAUCGGCCGACCCCUCGAGCUGGACACAGACGGCAUCUGGUGCAUGCUUCCUGGCAAGUUUCCUGAAAACUUCACUUUCAAGACCAAAGGAGGCAAAGGUCUCGGGAUCUCGUACCCCUGUUCGAUGCUCAAUCAUCUCGUUCACGAGCAAUUCACCAAUCACCAAUACCACGACCUCGUCGACAAGGACACAGGCCGUUACGAGGUCCACUCGGAGAACUCGAUUUUCUUCGAGUUAGACGGACCGUACCGUGCCAUGAUCCUACCUUCGAGCAAGGAAGAGGACAAGCUACUCAAGAAACGUUACGCCGUCUUUGAACAUGACGGCUCUCUGGCAGAACUCAAAGGCUUCGAGGUCAAGCGUCGCGGCGAGCUUCAGCUCAUCAAAGAUUUCCAAAAGCAGAUCUUUGACAAGUUUCUUCUCGGCGACACUCUCGUCGAGUGCUACGCUGCUGUGGCCAAGGUUGCCAAUCAGUGGCUCGACGUCCUUUAUUCCAAGGGCUCGACUCUGCACGACGAAGAGCUGAUCGACCUCAUCGCUGAAAACAAGAGCAUGAGCAAAACGUUGCUGGAGUAUGGAGACCAGAAAUCGACAGCUAUCACGACGGCCAAACGUUUGGCCGAGUUCCUAGGAGCGCAGAUGGUCAAGGACAAGGGUCUGGCUUGCAAGUUUAUCGUCUCUGCCAAACCUUUUGGUGCGCCCGUGACAGAACGAGCGGUGCCUGUUGCGAUCUUCAACGCCGAGCCAAGCAUCAAGAAGCAUUACCUCCGCCGCUUCCUGCGCGACAAUGCACUCGACGAUUUUGAUUUGCGUUCGAUCCUCGAUUGGAACUACUAUAUCGAGCGCUUCGGCGGAGUGAUCCAGAAGCUCAUCACGAUUCCAGCAGCGAUGCAGCGUGUGCCAAACCCGGUACCCAGGGUUCGUCAUCCAGACUGGCUGUUCAAGAGGGUGGCCAACCAGGACGACAAGUUCAAGCAACGCAAGCUUACCGAUAUGUUCAAGGGAGCAAAGGCUGCUACUCUCCCUGACCAGCUCAGCGUCGAGAAGCCAGUGCAGACCAAGGCUUCCGUCCGGCCGGAAGUUGUUAUGGAACCGCCCGAAGAAGCAUUGCCAGAUAUCAAUGCUGACUACCCUGGCUGGGUGCGCGUCAUGAAGAAGCGGUGGAGCAAGAAGCGUCAGGAGCGCGAGACACCGAUGGGAACCAUCAGCAUGGCUUCUUCAUCGAUGUUCUCGCAUCGCUCUAGAACCCUGGCGACGGCGGUGUGGGACGUGGUGCAGAUCUGCCCGUCCUCGAGGGCUGGCGAGUACCGCCUAUGGAUUCUAAUGGACAAACAGCUGCAGAGUUUGAAGAUGCGCGUCCCUCGCAUCUUUUAUGUCAACUUCAAGUCCUUACCGAGGAGCGGCACAUUCCAGGACGGCUACAAGGUCGAGAAUCUCAUCAGAUCGCUGCCGCGCGGCACGCCUUGUCGGCAUCUUUACAAAGUCACUGUGACAGAGGAAGCGUACCUUGAGAAAGAGUCGCACUUUUCAGCAAUGCUCAACCACCCAAAUGUCGAAGGGGUCUAUGAGAUGCAAGUCCCUCUGGACGUCCGAGCGCUCAUCAAGCUAGGAUCGUCGUGCGCCAUGGAUCGCAAGAGCCAGAACAAGCUCAGUCGUGCCUUGGACUUAGGAUUCGACCUUGAUGAUCUUGUCAAGGCCAAUCACUCGUCGUAUGACAAGCAUCGAUACCUCGACGGCGGAAGAAGCGUGCGCCACUUCUUUUUGUACCACGCCUCCAAGGACGGACGUCAUGUCGUUGGCCUCUUCUCUCCAGAAGGGCAGCUGCGCGUUCACAUCGUCGAUUCUGCUCGCCUUCAGCAGCUUCCCAACUUGGCAACCAUGUACGCAGAUCGGGCCGCCUCGAUGAAGCGAAAGGGAAUCGUGCACAACAGCAUCUUCGAGUAUCACGAUCGGCUCCAAAGCGCCGAAGUCAAGGUCCAUACGACGGCCGGGAGGGCUUUCAAGGCAAUCGCGCGAGAUCUCAGCACAUUGCGACAGGCUCACCAGGGGUCCGCGAUGCUCACCACGUACUCAUCAAAGACGCAGAGCUACUACGAGCAGAUGAUUGGGUCGGCCGUGAUGGAAUUCCCAAUUCUCACCCUGCCUUCGAAUCACUUAGACGGCGAUUUACCUGCUCUUGGCUGGCAGCUUUACAGCGCCCGGCGAAUGAUCAACUGCUACCUGCGCUGCUCUCGGUGGAUCGAUGAGCGAAUCAAGCUCUCCAACCACUUUGAUGUGCCCGUGUGCAGCCUCACAUCAGAUCGGGACAUGGCCAUCUUUGGCGCAGAUAUCGACUUUGCGCGGCGACUGGUGCGACAGGAUAUGCUGCUUUGGUGGAGCCAAGGUGACCAGCCUGACCUGGGUGGACGCGAAGACGAUGGCAACAACGCUUCGACGCUCGAGGAAGACGACAUUGGCCUCGAGAUUUCAAGGGCUGGGGCAUAUUCGAACGUGACAUUUGAGAUCAGUCUUCGAGACCUCGCAAUUGACUCCGUCCUGCAAUCGGGCUCUGUCAAUGACAUGGAGGGGAGCGGAUCCGGUUCGAUGGCUUUCGAUACGGCGUCCCACAACCUCGAUGAAUACUCGAAAGGGACCGUGCACUCCACAGCGGCUCUCGGCGACUCAGUCCUGACAUCACAAGUCUUCAACGCGGUCAAAGCUAUGGCGAAGGCCUGGUACGUCGACAAGGCAAGGGGGCGAAGCAGUGCAAGCGAUGUACUUGCAGACAACUUCUGGCGGUGGGCUUCCAGCAACUCGAGCGCGAUGUUCGAGCCGGCCAUGCAACGAUUCCUUCAGGGUCUGAUGCGCAAGACGCUGCUCCAGCUCCUUGGCGAGUUCAAGCGCUUGGGUGCCCACAUCGUCUAUGCGAGCUUCAAUCGCCUCUUCCUCCUCACUUCAAAGCCUACAGCUGGAAGUGCAGCAGCGUAUGGGCGAUAUCUGGUCAGCGCUGUGACGAGCCGAGAUCUGUUCAAGCACAUUCACAUGGACAUCAUCCACUUUUGGGAGUACCUCGUCUGGAUGGAUCAAGCCAACUUUGGAGGCGUCAUCUGUGCCAACCCCUUGGCCGAGGAACAGGAGCUGGCAAAGUCGUCUUUGGCAAACGAUCACGAGGUGCAAAUGCAGUGGAAUAUUGCCACAUUCUUGCCACCUGCUCUCCAACCCAAAUUUGCCACUGCCGUGGGCGACCUGAUCGAUAAGCUGUACAAGGCAAAGAGGACGACAAUGGUCGAUCGCACCCCCCUUGCAGCGGCAGCAACUCGGCAGAUCAAUAAUGAGACGCACGAUGAAAGCGAGGGCAAGCAGGUUGUCGACCGCGAGUCAGAGCAUACGAAAGUAGCGAAGAGCCUUCUGAACCACUCUUUGACCCGCAAGCUUCUGCAGAUGGUGUCGACAAUCCAAGCCGAGCAGCACAAGCAUCGACCGCGAAUCGCUGACGAGGAAGAUGGAGAAGAUGACGAGGUCGAGAAUGAUCCGGAGACAGUGAAAUGGACAUUCCCGGACCUGCCAGGCAGACUGUACGAUGCCCAGUCGCCCGCAUUGGAAUUCGUCAAAUCGACAAUGGCCGUCUUCGGUCUCGCUAAGGACCUCUCGGUCGAAGUGGGGAUUCUCCGGAGAAACUUGCUGGAUCUGCUCGGCGUCGGCGAAUUCUCGAUGGAGGCGGAGUGGAGAAAUCCAUGCGAAACACCGUCGUUAAGAUUAGGACAAGUGAUUUGCAGUUGCUGCAACGAGGAACGCACGAUGGACUUAUGUAGGGAUCCGGACCUGAUGUCAAGGCAACAUGGUACAGUUCGCGAAUGGAGAUGUGCGAAUUGCGCCCACCCAUACGAUCGGAGCCGCAUCGAAUUGAGGCUCGUGGGCCUCGCCACAAGGGCCUUGACAGCGUAUGCGCUUCAGGAUCUGAGGUGCACAAAGUGUGGCGAGCUGAGGGACGACAAUGUCGCGAUGCAAUGCAGGAAGUGCGCGGGAUCCUGGAAAACCGAGGCGGUCAACCGGAGGACUGUCGUAAAGCGUUUGAACCUGCUCAAACAGGUGGCCGAGUACCACGCAUUGCCGCUCUUGAAAGACGCAGUGCAGGAGAUGCUUAUGAGGUGUUGAAGGGCACUUCUUCUCCGAUGUAUAGUAUGAACAAUUUAUCAGCAGCUUUCGCUCUUGUCAAUCACAUCC